UUUCUCGCAGGAGAGGCUUUAAUAAAGCAGUGAAGAGGCUGAAUGUUCUCUAUGCGCCUCCAGACAGCACAGCUUCCGGAUCUUGUACAUAAAGCUUUCUUGGUUGGUUACUCACUUUCCUGUCUGCACGGAUACUCUGUCAGAGUGAGGCAGGUGGUGGAUGCCACAAAUGCUGACAUGAAGCAGAGUAGGAAUAUUUCAUGUUCUCUUCAAUUUGUAAGUCUAUGAAUUCAAAUCAUACUAUUACUCGACAUUCAUGACUCUUUAGCUGAAACUGAGCAUCUCAUUAUGACUGUGUCAACACUGUGUUUUGAUUGGGUAUUUAUACUAUUUAUUGCAUCCCAAUGCCAAUGCCAAAAUACAAGAGCACUCAAUGCAAAUGGAAAAUGUUCAGCAGGAUUUCACAAAAAAGAAAAUUUCUGUGUAGAGUGUCAGCACGAUCAUUACAUGGACAUUGAAAAUGAAAUGACAUAUUGCCCAAAAUGUGACACUUGUGAUAGUGGUGACAAUAAAGUAGAGCUUACCACCUGCACAUCAACAAAGAAGCGAGUCUGCGUUUGUAAACCUGGGUUUUACAAAUCAGGUCAUUUUUGUAAACCCUGUAAUUGCCAAGACUGCAGUCCCAAUGACAAUGAAUGUUCGAACUGUAAAGAGACAUGUAACCAACAAAUGACUACUACAACCACAGCAAUAACUUGUAAGACUGGCGAUUUUCUGGAUGGUGGACGAUGCCAAAGCUGUGUAGAGUUUGGCUGCAAGAACGAGUCGUGUAAAUCUUUUUGUACCACACAUGAACCACAAGUCUUAGGAUUUCCAAAGCUGCUGUUGCUGGUGUCUCUCAUCAUUGUGGUCUUAUUGGGUGGUCUUCUCUGUCUUCUACUCAUCCGGUUCUGUAGAUGGAAAUGGCUUUGCUGCCCAUACAAAACCUGGCAAAUUGGCAAACAGUCAAACAUUCACAUUCAACCAGCAGACCAACCUAAUGAUGUAAUCAACAUUCCCAUAGCAAUGGAAAGAUAUACCUCAGCCUGCGAUGAAACCUCUAUCAAAACUUUACCAGUGACCAGCUUCCCACGCAGUGUCUUCAGUGGAGACUUACAGAGCAUCAUGACACCCCUGAUAGCAAAUGGAAACCCAAAAUUGAUGCAGGUGUUGCAGAAAGAGACCUGGCCAGCACCAGUGCUCUACACCAUCAUAAGAGAGAUUCCUGUGACACGCUGGAAGGAAUUUCUGCGACUGCUUUCCGUGUCAGAUGAUCAGAUGGAACGUAUCGAACUGGAGGCAGGGCCGUCCUAUCUAGAAAAGCAGUACCUGAUGCUGCGUCUGUGGAGUCAGAGCAGUGGAGCGAAGCUGGAGAAUAUCUACUCAACAUUACACUACAUGAACCUGUCUGGCUGUGCCCAGGAACUGCAAGAGAAGCUAGAGCAACUGCAGUCUAGCAUGAAAUCUGCCUCAUCUUGACUCCAUCUCCUCAUGUGUGAGUGCUGCAGUUGAAUUUCACAAUCAUUUACAGGGAACUCUGCAAGGUCUUCUGUACUUUUAACAGGAAACGCUCAGUCAUGGUUAAAAAUUUGUUGUUUUAUUUAAGCACACUGUAAAGUAGAAUAAAUAUAGAAUAAUUGACCGAUUCUAACUUAGAAUUUAAAAAAAAUAUUUAUUGCCUGGUUUCACAGGCAAGGCUUAAGCCUAGUCCCAAACUAAAAUGCAUGUUUGAGCUAAUUUAACUGAAAGCAACUUGCACUGAAAUAUCUUUCAGUGCAUCUCAAGAUACACACCAGUGAUGUUUUCUUUUAAGGCACAUUUAUAAAACCUACUUAAAUGUCUUAACUCAACUAAGGCCUAUAUGGCCAAGUUGAAGCACUGUCUGUGAAACCAGACCUUUAUCAUCCACUAUUAAUUUAAGGACGUACUGUACUGGUUUUCAGGAUAAACAUAGGUGCUUACUGUGUUAUGUUUCACGCUAAAAGUUAUAAGCUCUCAGUCAUAUUACAGUGGGCUAUUACUUAAUUCACAUUGUCACACCAGUGUAUAUUUGUAACUUUUUUUAAUAAAAACGUAAUUGAUUGAUUUGUAUGUUUCAGAUUCAGUUGUUAUAAAAAUAAAAAGUGUGACAGUGAAAGUGUCCUUGCUGUGCAGAAAGAGAAAAGUUCUGACAUUAAGUUUAGUGAAUGUCAGCAAACAGUUGCUGUGGCCUCUGAACAAGGAAUUUCCCCUGCUGUGGAGAUUCAUCUGACUAUUGUAUAAACCACAUCAAAAGCGUUUUUUUUUAUUUUGUUUUUCCAGGCUUGUAUAUUACCAUAACCUAUUUGCUCGUUGUCAGUUCAAAGAAAUGUACUGUAUGUUCUCUGAGAAUGUAAAAUGCCAUCCCUCAAACCCACUUUGGUGAUUCCAAAUGACAUUAUUUAUUAAUUUUUGUAAAAUGUAUUACCAUGUUAAAAUUAAAAACAAUUUAGUGUUCAGAAGGUUCUGUCAAAGUUAUGAGCAAACAUUCUUGCUGUAACAUCACAUAGUGAAUGCAGUCAAACUGAUUCAAACCGGUAAGUUACUCGUCUUUUUGAGCAAAUCAGUAAAAUCAUUUUUUGUUUUGUUCGUGACUAUAAUUGCCCUGCAUGUUUGUUUUUCUAUGCAGGCCGAGAUGAAAGCUUUAUUGUAAUACUUGUUAUUUUCCAUUAUUUUGCGAUACAUAACCCUGUUAGCCUUUUAUACGGAAGUAAUAUUUCUACAUGGUACUUUGAAGUUCUUUGGAUUUGUGUCAUGAUCUGCAUACUGACAUAACCAGACAGGUGCAGAAAGUGAUUUCUGAGAAACACUGUUGAUAUUUGAAAUCAUCAAAACAAACCCGCCCCUUAAAAAAUCACACUCCUAUCUUGAUAGCUCCUCUGCUCCAAAAUUCAGGUACAUUUCAAUCUCAUGUGUGGACACGCCCCUUAUUGCUGAUUGGCUACACGUCUGUUUUGGUGCUUGGUCAGAUCCACUUUCAACAGCUUUUCUCAGAAAUUGCUUACUGCAUCUUUAACUAACAUGCCCUGUGCCGCCUACUAUUUUGAGUAUUGCAUACAUUAAUAUUAAUAAGUAUUGCAGGUUGUACAUAAAUCAGUCAUUUGUCACUGUCAGCGAUGGAAAAAUCUGACAUUUGACUGGUGAAGAAAAA